AUGGCUUCUAUGCUGGCUUCGGCUUCAGCGGCCGGCUUUGGCUUCACGGUCGACUUCUAUGGCGGCCCGAAAUGCUCUGGCAGCCCCGAGGGCAUCUUUGGCAACCAUUACGACGCCAGCCAGCCUUGCUACCACAACCCGAUCAAUGCUGAAUCGGCCUAUGUGAAACUCGUUGCAGACGCUGACAGUCUGGACGAUGCCGAGAACGCGAACGUGGCCUUUUACGCGAGCACGGAUUGCUCCGGUCCGGUGGUAGCGAGCACCACGACGGGGUGCAUUGACUUCACCGGGGCAGGAACCAAUGCUCAAUCCUACAGAUUCCUCGAGAACAGUCAAGACAACAGGCGCAGUCUCCCCCGUACUCGCCGCCAGGCUUCACUCGACUCUCCCUGGACGGCGCAGCAGGCUCGCAUGCGUGAACAGCUCAACAUCUCCAUCGAAGACGCCACCGGCAGUCUGGCGCCUCACUGGGAUCCAUACGUUGCCACCGAAUCUGGACUCGGCCACGGCAUGGUCACCGAGGGGUUUGGCAGGACCUGGAAAUGGCAACAAGUCGCUCUAGGAGUGACCAUCGGCAUCCCGAUCGAUGAGUGGGACGACAGCAUCCAUGUCCUCAGCGAAGACUUCAUCGUCUACGGCGACCACGAUCACCAACCUUCGCUGUCCUCGGGGUUCCAGAGCAACUGCACGGAAGGUCACUGCAAGCGUUGGGAUUUCGCCUCAUGCCGGGCUGCCCUCGACUGCACCCGCGACAUCGUCGACGGGACCGCCCUGAACAUCGGCGCCGGCUGGGGCCAGGCCGUCCGGGGAUUCUAUGCGGCGAAGUAUAUCUACACCACCCUGUAUGACUUCAUCCACGCCCAUCCGGUCAGCAUCACCGUCGCGACCACGGUCGGCGGCCCAGCCAUCGGCUACGCAUACGCCCACGCCCAAGGGUCGGUGGCCACCGCGCAGGACAACGACCAGCUGGGCGCCUGCGGCGGCGAGAACACCCAGGUGAACGCCUUCAUCGAGAGCCUGACCCGCGCGACCUCGGGCAGCACCCACAAUGCCGCCGAGACGGUCAUCACCCUGCCCGACGGCCACGAGCUCUUCAUCGCCGCCCAGGUGUUGCCCCGGGGCGCCGCGCCGCCCCAGACCCCCUACUGCAACGCCGGCUGAAGCCAUCGGCGUCGACGCGAACGCACGGCUCGUGCUGUACAGGGCGA